AUGUCGUUUCUUACCGAGUCUCCCCCACUGCCGCCCCUAUCCACCGUCUUCCCGCAUCUUCAGGCCGAUGCCACCACCCUUCCUCGAUCAAUUGACCCCUUCACCAUCACAACCUCCACGGGUUUUUUGCCAUGUCGUCAGCCUCUGCUGCGUCUGCCUCAACAGUUUGACGCUGCGUCCGACAUCUUGGACGACAUGCCAAUAGUGAAAGCGGAUGGCUCGCCUGGGUUACUCGCGACUUUCAAACUCGGACCACUGAUUGACUCCGGAGCGCUGCCGGAUCUGACCUCCCACAUCGAGGACCUCCGUCUCGACGACGGUUCGUACGACUUGGAAGCCAUCACCGCCCUCUUCCGCGACUACAGCUUCCUUGCGAGUGCCUACCUGCUGGAGCCAUGUUGGGAGAAAUGGUCCAAAGACCAUGAUGCUGGCUACGGUCUAGGUCGGCCUGUAUUGCCACAGUGCAUUGCGGCACCGUUGGUCAAAGCAGCUGACAUUCUCGACCUCCCACCCUUCAUGUCAUAUGCCGCCUCGUAUGCACUGUACAACUACCGGCUGGUCGACCCAAACCUAGGUGCAAGCGUCUACGAGAACCUACGGCUCAUCCGGGCCUUUGAACGUGGACUCAACCCGGCCAGCUCCGAGGCCGGCUUCGUCCUCACUCAUGUCCACAUGGUUCAGGAAACAGGGCCCCUGAUUUCCGGAGCUGUCAAUCUUUUGUCUACCAUUGAAGAAAGCCCCAAGGACACAAGUGCCGCAGUCAGUGCCUUCCAGACCAUGCUGUCGGCCAUGAAGCGCAUCGAGGAGCACAUGGAGCAGAUGUGGACGCACUCCCUCCCCAAAGACUACCUGUCGUACAGGACAUUUAUCUUUGGCAUCACAUCGCAGUCCAUGUUCCCCGAUGGAGUUAUCUACAAGGGGACCAAGUACGGCGACUCCAAAGCACUCUACUUCCGCGGCGAGUCUGGCGCCAACGACAGCAUUAUUCCCUUGCUCGACCAUCUUCUUGAGAUUCCGAUGCCGCCGAACCCGCUGACCGAGAUCCUGCGCGACUUUCGGUCUUAUCGGCCCAAACCGCACCGAGAGUUUCUGGCGUGGGUGAUGAGCAAGAGUGCUGAGAUUGGUGUCAAGAAGUAUUGCACUGGUACCGCUGACAAUGAUGAUGACGACAACUCUACUCGUCUUCCAACAUUGUAUCUGAAACUGCUCGACCAUGUGCGCAGUUUCCGCUGGCGCCACUGGCUCUUCGCCCGCGAGUAUAUCAUCAAGCGGUCGUCGCAUCCCACUGCAACAGGAGGCAGUCCGAUCGUCACUUGGCUGCCGAACCAGCUAUUUGCCGUCAUUGAUCUUAUGGACUCGGUGUAUCGGGACAGUGGGUUGAAGGAUGUCGUUGAGAAGGAGGCUGGGCAUAUUGAUGCCCAUGAGGCCAAGGUCGUCAAGGAUAUGAUGGACAAUGUCAUCACACAGAGGGAGAAGCUGGAUCGUGAGGUCAAGAAGUAUUGUGCGGAGCGAGGUGCAUGA